AAUGGAUGAUGAGGACUGUGAAAGAAGAAGAAUGGAGUGUUUAGAUGAAAUGUCCAAUCUUGAAAAGCAAUUUACGGAUCUUAAAGAUCAACUUUACAAAGAAAGAUUAAGCCAAGUGGAUGCAAAACUACAAGAGGUCAUAGCUGGAAAAGCACCUGAAUAUUUAGAACCAUUGGCAGCUUUACAAGAAAAUAUGCAAAUCCGAACCAAGGUGGCAGGUAUCUAUAGAGAGCUUUGUCUGGAAUCUGUGAAGAACAAGUAUGAAUGUGAAAUUCAAGCCUCUCGACAACAUUGUGAGAGUGAAAAGCUUCUGUUGUAUGAUACUGUACAAAGUGAACUAGAAGAGAAGAUUAGAAGACUUGAAGAAGACAGGCAUAGCAUUGACAUUACCUCAGAAUUAUGGAAUGAUGAGCUACAGUCCAGAAAGAAAAGGAAGGAUCCAUUUAGUCCAGAUAAGAAAAAACCUGUUGUUGUAUCAGGCCCCUAUAUAGUUUAUAUGUUACAAGACCUUGAUAUACUUGAAGACUGGACAACAAUAAGGAAGGCAAUGGCUACACUGGGGCCACACAGAGUAAAGCCAGAACCACCUGUCAAAUUAGAAAAGCAUCUACAUAGUGCUAGAUCUGAAGAAGGAAGGCUCUAUUAUGAUGGAGAGUGGUAUGGACGUGGACAGACGAUAUGCAUUGAUAAGAAAGAUGAAUGUCCUACAAGUGCCAUAAUUACAACAAUUAACCAUGAUGAAGUUUGGUUCAAAAGACCGGAUGGAAGCAAGUCCAAGCUGUAUAUUUCUCAGCUACAGAAAGGAAAAUACUCAAUAAAGCAUAACCACAACUGACUGUUGCUAACCAGAUAUGAAACAAGUGGUAUUGCCAUGCUUGAUGUGCCAUGGGGUGAAAGUUGUAUUUAAUAGUGUUUUGUAUUCCUUCUAAAUUUACAGCAGUAUCUGAUGUGUAUUUGUAGUGCUGUAUGUAAACUUCAUAUGGAUGGCCUUCAGAAACUUGAGGAUGUUAAAUCAUGUUGACAGACAUUUUACCUCCAAAUUGGGUCCAGUGCCUAAGAUAUGAAGUAUGCUCUUCAAGUAUAAUGGCUCAGAAUGUCUCAUAUUUGUAAAAUGAAAAAAGAAAGAAAAAAGUGAAAAAAAAGUUGUUUUUUUUCCAUUGGUGACCAGUUGGUGUGAUAAAAAUGAUAGAUAACCAUAAUUACCUGCAACUCACUUUGUUUUCAGUGAACAUGUCAUGCUUCUCUAGUGGAUGUAAAUUUAGCCUGUUCAGCUGUUGCUUUUGAAUAGUUUGUAACAUGCAUAAGCAUUCUUUUAUCCAAAG